CUUUUGACCCCAAACUUCCUAUCUCUUCCAUGCGCCCAAGCCUCACUUUUUGCCUAGAUACCCUUUUUGUGCCCACUCUAUUUUUCGUCACCUGUUCCUUCAGUCCUAGAACAAAAUGGUUCGGAAGGAUCCUAUCUUUGAAGCCCGCACCAAUGUCAAGCUACACUCUAAUCGACUGAAAAAGGAGGCCGCCCGUGCGGAAGCGACCUUUAAAUCCGAGAAAGCUAAGGCCGACAAGGCCAUGAAAAACCGCGAAUUUCAGAUCGCCCGCAUCCAUGCCGCUUCUGCCGUACGAGAAAAACGCAGACAGGUGACCCUCAAGGCGGAGGCUGCUAGAGCAGAUGUUAUUAUCAACGAGCUCAAGGCUGCGCAGAGCACUCGGGACACGUCUCGAACGCUUGCAUUGGCAUCACGGGGCUUGGAUGCUGCUUCCAAGAGUGUAAAUCUUGAGAGCUUGGUUUCCCAUGCGAACAAUUUCCUGGCGCGCUCCGAAGAUUUCAAGAUUGCUAGCAGUGCGAUCGAGGAUGUUGCGCAAGGGAUCUCUAUGCAGGAGAAUGGCGCAGAGGGUGAAGCUGAUGUGGAUCGCCUGAUGGAGCAACUUGCUGAUGACGCUGGGGUGGAUCUCCGGAUGGCGUUGGAGCAGGAUGCUGCUGCUGCUCCUAAGGAGGAGGUUAAGGCUCCGAAACAAGUUGACACUGAAGUUGAGGAUGGUUUGGAUGCUAGGCUACGAGCUCUCAGGGCGACCAACUGAAUUUUGAACUACUUCGUUUCUAUCGUCCUCUACUGUCACGUUAACUUUGGCCUUGUACUUGUUGAUAUGCUUUCGGAUUCGGCGAACUAUUGGGGUAACUAACAGCGCGUUGGGUAUUUUUAGGGUUGAGGUUCAG